AACGAAUACGAAUGCACACCUAACAACACUCCCAGAAACCAUUUCUUCAGCUUCCUGUUUUCCUUGCAUAGUUUUUUUUUCCGUCUUUGAUAUUUUUUCUUAUGCAUUUACCUUUUUAUUUUUCAAUGACAGUCGGGCCAUAUAUCUUCAGAAAAUCUGUGAGCAUUGCUUCCCAACAUGGUGGCAUUGCAUUUGAUAACAAUAUCAACUUACUGUUAGCUUACAAGGACUACACUCCAGAAAAAGUUUUGUGUUUAUGAUGAUCAAUUUAUGUAUGAUAUUCAUGUCAACCUAAUGAUCGUCAUUAUUCGACAUGACUUUAAUCGCUGCUUUAAGUCGCUUUGUGCGGCGUUAUGUUUUUAGUGCUGAAGUUUUAAUUUUGUGUAUUCUCUUAUUCCUUAUUUAUAAUUCCGGUCGACUGCAUGUGGAACCAUUGCGUAAAUAUUUUCAAAAGGCACGUAUCAAAUUACAACUAAAGUGGAAUGGAUAUUACGAUCAGAUUCCCGAGGAAAGUGAGAAACAAGUCACGGAAAAGAAAACUAAAGCGUCAUGGGAGUUACGGAAAGGCAACAUUGCCAUUUAUGCAAUUCAAGGGCGCCGCUCUCAUAUGGAAGAUCGCUACAACUUUAUUAGCAACCUGGAUGAUACCCAGACUUCAAUUUAUGGUAUAUUUGAUGGCCAUGGUGGAGAGGUAAGAGGAUAUUCCUAAUUGGUGUACUUUAUAGCUAUUCGACAUACCAAACUAUU